UUUAGAUCCAAGGGUCCUGAUGCAGAAUCAGGUGUUCCAAGAUCUUAGACACAGAGAUGAGGAGCAGUGGAGAUCAGUGUUACAGAGUGAUGCCAGUAGGUGGCAGCAAACACCACAAUCACAGCUGAGGACAAUCUUUCCAUGAACGCAUGAAGCUUUUCUUUUUCCAAUUUCACAAUGUUAAUAUCCUUCUAUUUUUCCUAUUUUCUUUUUUUUUAUUCGAUAAUGUACCAACUUAAUUUAAUGCUGGCAAUAGUGUGAUUUUCAUUUGUAUUUUUUGUGAUUUCCAAACUGAAGCAAAAAUAAUAAAUCAAAUGUUUGAAAAGGUUUUGCUUUCUUGUUUUAUAAAGACAACCUCACCUCAUUUCCUCUGCCAUUAGAACUGGACUAGUGCAGGAAGCUGUUGUGCUGCACCCCUGCUUCUGCUGACACUGCAGACCUUUCAUUUACACAUGCAGCAGUAACCAGCUGCAGCGAGAGGGUGAAUGAUCUAUGCUGCAUUGUGCAGCCCUCGGAGAAGACUAUUAAAAAUGAUAACUCUUAAUUUUACAGAUGACUUUUUUCGAUGCUGUGUAUUGGUGGGUUGUAGUUCUUGUUGUAUGGAGUCAGUUGAGGAUGCAGAUGUCUCUGUUUCCUCCCCACAGUUGCAGGAGCAGGUUCACUGCACUGCACAAAAGAAAACACAUGCACAUUAACUGGUGCAUUUUGAGCGUGUGCACACACAUCACUCUACAAGUAAGAAACUCCAAGCAAUAGUGGAGCCAUAGAAAUAUGAAAACAAGAAUAUAUUGUCAUCCCUUUCCCCCCCACCUCUCAUUCUUAGUGGCCACAGAAGACUGCAUGGUUUCCAGUAGCUCAUUGGAAUUGUUAAAUUAUCUUAUCUAUUUUGUGAUCAGAUGUUUUUAUCUGUCGUUUUGCUUUUAUUUGUUUUAUCUUUGGGCUACUGUGGUAAACCUCUAUGUAAUCCGCACCCUGGCAGAGGUGUCACAGGGGAGUGAACCCUGGGGCUGCAGCAUCGUGAAUGCAUUGUUCGGGUGUAGCCACCAGAGGGCUCCUGCUGACUUCACGCUGAAGGUUCACUGCACAGCUCUCUGCUGUUCUGUCCGACUGCCUCUUUCACAUCCAGGCUUCAUCUGCAACCUGCUAAAUCUCUGGGAGACUGCUGCAUCUCUGCUGUGCAUCAUGGCCACCUCAGAAACAAUGUUUCCAGACCGAAGUGACUUUGACUACGAUUAUGAGACUUUGCGGACCACAGGGGUUGUCCUCGCUGUUGUUAUGUUUGUCUCUGGCAUUUUAAUAGCCCUGAGUAAAAAAUUCACUAAAUGUGUAAAAUCCUCAUCCAACUCCAGCUCGUCUGGGACCCAGAUUCCAAAGACAGAGGUUCCUCCUCAAACUGUAUAGUGAAUAUAGACUUGAAAGAGAGAGAGAAAGCAUGCCAGCUAACUCACACACACACACACACACACACACACACACACACACACAUACACACAUACAAACACACACACACCCACACUUGUUAACGGUAAUUCCUUUUAUGGCUCAUAUACCUCUGUCAGCUUGAUGAUCAAUAAACAGGGUUUUCUGAUGCUUCCUCACACAACCAAUGUGGAUGUCUGAGUAAUGCGGAGUUUCCCACAGCUUCUCCUCUCCCUGCCCUGGAUGCCUCUUCUCUUAACGCUGCAGAAAGUCUUAAGUGCACAAAAAAUGUGUUGUAUACUUUGCUCAGUAUUGUGUGAUUAUUGUUACUAUAAGUAGUAGAAACAUGAAUACAUGUAAAAAAAAACUUGUACACACAGAGAGACAGAAACAACAAUUAUGUCUCUAAUCCUUUACAGUAAAAUAAAGAGCAUGAGUAUAUAUAGACUUG